CGACGUAUGCCUCCUCUUCAACAGAUAGUUCCGACAUGACGGACACUGACGCUUCAUCAUCACUUGUUGACUUCAAUCCCUCACGUUUAGGCACAAAGGAGCACUGGGACGGGGUGUAUCAAAGAGAGAUCGGGUCCUUUCAUGAAAUCGCCGAUGAAGGAGAGGUCUGGUUUGGAGAAGACGUUCUUCAGAAGAUGAUAGACUGGGCGCUUGAAAACGUUCCGCCGACGCCUGACUCUCCAUAUAUUUUGGAUAUCGGUACCGGCAAUGGUGUUACUCUCUUUGGGCUAGCGGAGGUCGGGUAUCCUCUCGACCAGUUAUGUGGCAUAGAUUACAGCAACCACUCCGUUGAGCUUGCUCGAGCCAUUGCCGCAAACCGUGGAAUGUCCCAAAUUACUUUCAAGCAGUGCGAUAUCCUAUUCGACACACCGGCUCAUCUUGAGAAUAUGUCAGAUGGCCAGGGAUGGGAUCUAGUUCUCGACAAGGGAACUUUUGACGCUGUCUCCUUAGGACAGUACGAACAGCUAGAGCAACCAGCUUCUCGUCUCUACCCUAUUAAGGUCGGGGCACUGCUGAAAGAAGGGGGGAUGCUCCUAAUAACCUCAUGCAAUUUUACCGAGGCCGAAAUACGUAAUCUCUUCGAGACAUCGGCCUCCCGGUUACAAUUCCACUCUCACGUGAAACAUCGAACUUUCAGUUUCGGGGGUCAGACUGGCACCGUAGUCAGCACGACCGCGUUUGUCAAGACUACAGUGUCGUCGUCCGCAUGACUUUUCCUCUCACAAGCGAAGUAUACCUCAAGAAACAUCAUCCUCAAUUGUUUUCAUUGUAUCUGUAUACCAGCAGUAUCAUGUCC